ACGGUGCCAGGAGCGGGGAGAGGUCCCGGUGCCGGGGUGGUGCCAAGAGCGGGGCGGCCGGGACCGGGGCCGGGCCAGUGCCAGGAGUGCGGUGCCCGGGGCCAGUUCCCGGUGCCCGUCCCGGGGCCGCAGCGGUAGGAGGAGGGGGCUUUCCCCGGCAGGACCCCCCCGGGAGCAGGGUGCAGCGCCAGGAGAGGGGGUGCCGGGUCCGUGGGCGCGGGUAGGAAACGCGUCGGUGCCCGGGCGCUCCGAGUGGGUGGUGGCGGCCCCGGAGGAGGGGGGUGCGUGGGGGGGUGGUUGUCACUCGCUCCGGGUGGCCGCGGGUCCCGGAGCUGCGACGGGCCCGUGGGUGUGAGAAGGAAACGCCGCCGACCCGCCCCUGGCACCGGGAGCCGCUAAAAGCCCCGGGGCCGCCGCGCCGGUGCCAUGCCCGCCCCGGCCGCCCGUGCCCCCGGUGACUGAAGCGGGGGUCGCGGAGGCAGCGGGGCCCGGCGGAGCUCGGCGGCCGGGAUGCCCCGGUGCAGCCGGUUCGCCCUCGGCCUCCUCGGCCUCGCCGCUUUCCUGCUGGCCUCGCCGGUGCUGGGUUGCGGCCCGGGCCGGGGCCCGGUGGGCCGGCGGCGGUUCGGGCGGCGGCAGCUCUCGCCGCUGCUCUACAAGCAGUUCGUGCCCAACGUGCCCGAGCAGACGCUGGGGGCGAGCGGGAAGGCGGAGGGCAAAGUGCUGCGGGGCUCGGAGCGCUUCAGGGAGCUGGUGCCCAACUACAACCCCGACAUCAUCUUCAAGGACGAGGAGAACACGGGGGCGGACCGGCUCAUGACCGAGCGCUGCAAAGAGCGGGGGAACUCGUUAGCCAUCGCGGUGAUGAACAUGUGGCCGGGGGUGAAGCUGCGGGUGACGGAGGGCUGGGACGAGGACGGGCACCACCUCCCCGACUCGCUGCACUACGAGGGCCGGGCGCUGGACAUCACCACCUCCGACCGCGACCGCCACAAGUACGGCAUGCUGGCGCGCCUGGCCGUGGAGGCCGGCUUCGACUGGGUCUACUACGAGUCCAAGGCGCACAUCCACGUCUCCGUCAAAGCAGGUGGCCGCGGGGACCCACCGGUGGUGUUCUCCACCCGUCCAGAUAACUCCCUGGCCGUGCGCACUGGCGGCUGCUUCCCGGGCCACGCGACGGUGACGCUGCGGAGCGGUGAGCUCCGGGGCUUGGCCGACCUCCGCCGGGGAGACUGGGUGCUGGGCGCGGAGCCCGGCGGGCGCCUGGUGCCCACCGAGGUGCUGCUCUUCCUCCACCGCGACCUGGGCCAACGCGCCUCCUUCGUGGCCAUUGAGACGGCCAGCCCGGCUCGCCGGCUGCUCCUCACCCCGUCCCACCUCGUCUUCGCUGCCCGCGGGGCUGCCAAUGGCUCGGCCGCCUUCCUGCCCGUCUUCGCCCGCCGCCUGCGGCCGGGGGACGCGGUGCUGGCCCAGGGGGCUGGCGGGCAGGGGCUGCGCCCCGCGCGAGUGCUGAGGGUCUCGCGGGAGGAAGGCGUGGGGGUCUUCGCCCCCCUCACCUCCCACGGGACCCUGCUGGUCAACGGGGUGCUGGCAUCCUGCUACGCCGUCCUGGAGAGCCAUCGCUGGGCCCACCGCGCCUUCGCCCCCCUCCGCCUCUUCCACGGGCUCCUCUCGCUGCUGCCCGCCCGUGCCGAGGGGGGCAACGGGACGGCCCCGGAGGCGGGCGUGCACUGGUACUCGCGCCUGCUCUACCGCCUGGCCUGGGGGGUGCUGGGCCACGAGGCCGUGCAGGCGUAGCCCCCCCGCCAGCUUGCAGGGCUCGCGCCGGAGCACCAGGACCAGCUGCAGACCCCUCACGCCCAUGGGUGCCAAGGAGGAGGCGCGGGGGCACCCCCAGCCCCGUGGGGAGGUUGGGUGCCCCUCGGCUGGGUGCUGCUUGGGGUAAAGGGGAGGGGCGCGGUGCGGGGAGCAGGGCUCAGCCCCCUCCCGUGUCCCGGGGGCCACCCUGCAGCGCUGCUUGGUGUUGGGUGGUCCCUGCGCCCCAGCC